AUGCCCCACCCCCCAAGCAUGACUGCUACUUUCCUGAUGUCUCUACUUUUUGGCCUUGCAUUUGGACAAACGAUGUCUUUUUGUGUUCCAACCGAAUAUACCAUGCACAUAGAAAGGAGAGAGUGCGCAUACUGCCUAACCAUCAACACCACCAUCUGUGCUGGAUACUGCAUGACUCGGGACAGUAAUGGUAAGCUGUUCCUCCCCAAAAGCGCUCUCUCCCAGGACGUGUGCACAUAUAAAGACAUCACCUACAGGACGGUGGUGAUGCCAGGCUGCCCUCGCCAUAUCGCUCCCUAUUUCUCAUACCCUGUGGCUGUGAACUGCAAGUGUGGUAAAUGUAACACAGACGACAGCGAUUGUGUACAUGAGAGUGUCAAGACAAACUACUGUACAAAACCACAGAACCCAUAUUUGGUGGGAUUUCCUGUCUAA